GGCCCGGCCCCGCUGCGGGAAGCCCGGAGCUGGGCGCAGGGCACGAGCGCUCCGUGGGGCCGGGCCGGUGUCCCCAGCGCGCUCGGAAGUUGUGCGUUGCGUGCCCGUGCCUCGCCCCGCCCUGAGCAGCGCGUCCCGUGAGCUCGGGAGCGGCCCUUCCUGCCGGCCCUGGGAAGGCACCGGCCCGGGAGCGGAGAGGGACGCGGCCGCGGGCGCUUUUCGUGCCCAGAUUUUCGUGCCCAGAGAGGCAGCCCAUGAUUUACAGAUCGCAGUGCCGCUGUUCUGCUCGGAUUUAGGAACUCUGAGCGCCUCUCCCAGCGAGCUGAUGAACUCGACGCGAAAUGGAGCACGAGCACAGUCUGUCCAUCUCGUGCAAACUGCAGUUCCCCCGAGAUGUUCAUUUUCACGUUAAGAGAUGGAGUUGAACACAGACUAUAAAAUAAAACCUGAAUUAAGUAGCGUUUGAAACAGAAAUGUCAUAUAGAUGUUUUUUCCAUUAUUGCAGUGCUUCUGCAACAUAUCCUUGGAGCUUUUUGGUGCUCUGGAACAGCUCCGCUUCGAUGAGAAAGUUCGUGUGGUGGUGUUCAAGAGCAAAGUGAAGGGUGUGUUUUGUGCUGGUGCAGACUUAAAGGAGCGUGAAAAGAUGGAUGAUGCAGAAGUUGGACACUUUGUUAAAAGGCUGAGAAAUCUCAUGGAUGAAAUUGCUGCCCUGCCUGUACCCACCAUUGCUGCAAUAGAUGGCUACGCACUGGGCGGUGGACUAGAACUGGCAUUGGCUUGUGACCUUCGAGUUGCAGCUUCAUCAGCUAAAAUGGGUCUUAUAGAGACCACAAGAGGGCUUCUUCCAGGAGCAGGUGGAACCCAGCGCCUGCCCAGAUGUGUUGGAGUAGGUCUUGCAAAGGAGCUCAUUUUCACGGGGAGACAAAUAGAUGGACAAGAAGCUUUCUCAAUGGGAUUAGUAAAUCACACCGUGCCUCAAAAUGAGGAGGGAGAUGCAGCUUACCAGAGAGCAUUAACUUUGGCUAAAGAAAUCCUUCCUCGGGCUCCAAUUGCUGUGAAAAUGGGAAAACUGGCAAUAAACAGAGGAAUAGAGGUUGAUAUUGCAUCAGGGAUGGCGAUUGAGGGGAUGUGUUACGCACAGAAUAUUCCUACAAGAGACCGUCAGGAGGGAAUGGCUGCCUUCAGGGAAAAACGACCACCUCAGUUUAUUGGCAAAUAAUGCUUCCUAGCUUUCCCCUUGUUGUAUUAAUGGCUUUGUUUGUUUGUUUUUUGAGGAGAAGGACCUGCUAAUUUCUUAGGAUUAUUUUUAUGACUGCACUCCCUAUACGUAGCUCCUUCUCCUUGGCUUGGACUGCAUUUCUGAAUACUCACUGGAUCAUUUUUCUCUAAGGAUUCACCAAUAAAGAUUUAACUUUGUACAGCCCAUUGAUCUUAAAGAAUGUACAUCUUCCCUUGUUCUGAAUCUAAAUCAAGCUAGCCCUAAGGCAGUAGAACCAGAUAAACAAGAAGUUAAUGAGUUAAUUAACUUAUUAUUAAUGUCAGGAUGGACUGCCUCCAGGCUGAACUGAUGGAUCUAGCUUCUAACCUUGUUCUCAUGCACACUGCUUAGUUCUCCUUCUGUGCUUCAGUAGAUGACUGCAGAAUAAUGCAUAUGUAGGCUAAGGCGGGGAGCAGAGCCAGCACAGUCACAGCCUGACCAUAGAUAUGAUUUCAUAGAUUGCUUUCAGCCAGCCAGCUCUGAGGAAUGCUGAAUUACAAACAGGGGUCUGGUGUUUACUGUGACUGAAGGGGCAUAAAACUGUAUUUCUAAACUGAGGACUAACAGUACAGAGGUGUUCAAAGUCCAAACAUUUGAGCCCAGCUUCCUUCUUAGAAAAGAGGGGCUGAAAUUGUCUUCCUCAAGGACUCACACUAUGCUUUCCUCUGGGAUAGCAACACUAAUCUUACAGGAUUGGCCUUUAAGAAGAGCUCCUCAAAGCAACACAGUAUUUUCAUAAACAUAUGUUUAUACUUGCAGCUGUUAGUUUGUCUUGUGGCUAAUUUAAGUUUUCUAUCAAAGUAUAUAAACCUACACUAGUACCUUAGCAGAGAUUCUCUGGCUGACAGGAGUUCUUCAGGCAUUCUCUUUGUUUCAUAGAUGUGGCAAUUCCCCUUCAGUUAAUAUUACAGUAUCUAGCUGCUGAAGUGAAAAAAGAAAAAGUUUACUUUAGGAAAGCUGAAGAGAUAAUAAAAGCCUAGGCAAGAAUGUAGCAGGCAGAAGUGGCUGAGGAUUUCCUGUCUUUCUCCUGUUCCAUUAUUUAGCAGCUCUGCAACAGAAAGAAAGUCAAGCAAGCAAAAAUAAAUAAAUUAGACAUUCUAAUUCAUCCAUCACUUAUGUACAGAGCCCAGUUAUAAAGAAAGAUAAAAGGCCCUGUUUCUGAGUUCGAAAAAACUGCUUUUAGAACAGCUCUCAGAAGACUGAACAAAAUAAGACUAUCUAUAAAGCAGUCAUAGACUCAUAAUGCAGAUAAAAACCUCAUUUUCAAAUUACUCUGCAGGUCUUUUUUUGGUACUGAGGGAUCCCGACUUCCCUGUACACAAAGCAGUGGCUGCCAGCUGUGCACUCUGCAAGUCGGUCUUUGCUUCUCAGCAUAAAAAUUCCCUAUGUCAGCAGUCACUGCUCUCAAAGAUGUCAAAGAACACGGAGCAGCUUUGACUCUCCAUAAGCAAAUUUAAAGGCAAAACAAAAAGUAGAAAAGGAUUAUUAUAUACUUGGUAGGCUUCAGCAAAGUAACAGUAUGCUUUCAUUUUUCCUUUUCUUGAUGAAAAUUUAUCACAGUGGAUCAAAGUAUUACAGAAGUCAUUCUGGCAAAAAUCAUUUGUGAAACUAGCCUAUAAAUAUACUGCAUCUAAACAUGAGAUAAAAUCUAUUCUCUUGACAACUUAGAAAGAAAUAAAACUUCCCAAAGGUUGCUUUCCAUUAUCAGUGUUCUUCCAGCAUUCAGACAUGCCACUCAUUGUAGCUGUUGCUUCCAACUUCCCCAGACUGCAGCCUUCAAGCAAAAGUGAAUUAAUAAAUAAGCUUUUAGCAAACACGAGAGGUUAUCAGAAAAUACUAAGAAAAUGCAACUUACCAUGUUAGAAAUUGUCUUUACAGUCUUGAAUCAAACCAGAACUUAUCAAUACUGUAAAUGAGGUAACUUUACUAGAUUAAACAGUACAAGUUUCCUUUGUAAAGGUCUGCAAAGGUAAAGCAGAGGCAUUAUCUUCAGCCUUCACAAAAAGAUAAAUGCCACUGGCCUCCAGAAUUACUCUACCCUGGCAGGAACUCCUGAAGCUGCACAGCAAUAUGAAGUCUUUUCUUUAAGUGGCACAUGCAAGUAAAUUUUCUGUUUAGUAAGUUUACAGCUUGCAGCCAUUCAUAUUUUUCUAAUUCUGCUCACUGUAACCUGAAGCAAAUGAGAACAAAACAAGAAGGGUGUAGAAAACCAUUUACAAUUCUCUGGCUAUAGAAUUUCACGGAGCAACAUCUUCAUGGUCUGGACCAAUGCCUGCAUCAGAUUCAUUUUGUCAGCACAUGAGAUAGAGAUUUAGUUAAGAUGCUACACUAAUUUCUCCUGCUAUUAGCAAAGAACUGUACAGUACUGUAAGAGGAGCUGUCGUGUUUGGUUUAGAUUCUUGCAGUACCAACCAAUUCACAUUCAUUCAAUUAACACCAAUUUUGACAGGUUGUGCAUGCCUUUUCAGGUAAUAAAACUUUCACCACAGAAGCCUGAUAGCAGACAUCCCAGAAGGCUGGUCGAUACAAAUUCGCAGAUUAUUAUUUUAAACCACCUUUGUAAUUCAAAGCUACAAUCAGUUUCUUUCUGAAUCAAGAAAACAGUAUAUAAUCAGAUACACAUAGCAAAAACAUGCUAGCCAAAUUAUACCUUCAUAUAAAUAUCAAUUACACAACAUGACACUGAGAGUUACUAGAUCACUUCAUUUUGAAGUUGCUGAAGUACACAAUAACUAGAUAACUGAAUAAUAGAGGUGAUGUUUUUAUUCGAAGGAUGAGAAUUAGGAGGGAGAGGAAGGGAAGGAGUUCAAAAUAGUAAAAUAUGAUCAUCCUGAAGUAGUCAUCCCUGCUCGUAAACUAUCAAACAUAAGUUUUUUUUUUUAACUGAAGUACCAAUAUAUUUACAAAACAGUCUAAGAAUAUCAGUCAGUUCCUGUGGAAACAUGGAGACUAACCAACCAAACAGAAACAAUUCUUGAAAUAAAAGUGAGUUUGAAUCAA